UAAAUUUGUUAACAUUACAAAAGUGAAGUCCGCUUUUGUAUCAUCUUUCUUCCAAAUCUGGGUUUUUUCUUUUUAAUUCAAAUUCCAACAUUUUUUUCCUCCGUUUCACUUUUCUCCUUUCACUCUCUACAAAUCCAUACAUACACAAUAAAAGGAGGAACAACAAAUGGGGGCGUACAGAGCCGACGACGAUUACGAUUACUUGUUCAAGGUGGUUCUGAUCGGCGACUCCGGCGUCGGCAAAUCGAACCUUCUUUCUCGAUUCACGCGAAACGAAUUCAGCCUCGAAUCCAAGUCUACCAUUGGCGUUGAGUUCGCCACCAGAAGCAUUCGCGUCGAUGACAAGGUUGUCAAGGCUCAGAUUUGGGACACUGCUGGCCAAGAAAGGUACCGAGCUAUUACAAGUGCAUAUUAUCGUGGAGCUGUUGGUGCUUUACUAGUCUAUGAUGUUACGCGUCAUGUUACUUUUGAAAAUGUGGAGAGAUGGCUAAAAGAGCUGAGAGAUCAUACAGAUGCCAAUAUUGUGGUGAUGCUUGUAGGGAACAAAGCAGACCUGCGUCAUCUGCGAGCAGUUUCCACCGAAGAUGCUACAACUUUCGCCCAGCGAGAGAGAACAUUUUUUAUGGAAACAUCUGCCCUCGAAUCGUUGAACGUUGGAAAUGCCUUCACAGAAGUGCUGACUCAGAUCUAUCAUGUUGUAAGCAAGAAGGCCCUUGAGAUUGGAGACGAUCCAGCAGCUUUACCGAAAGGGCAGACAAUUAGUGUUGGUUCCCGUGAUGAUGUAUCAGCUGUGAAACAAGGUGGAUGUUGUUCUGCUUGAGUGUGUAGUACAAGUCAGUCUCUGUAUUUUUACUUUUAAACACAUGCCUUGUUUAUACCAUGUAGAGAUUCACCUCACAACAUGAAUAUGAUUGUUUAAAGAGCAUCAAACUUUA